AGUCCCGGCGGGCGGCGGCGGCGGCAUGGGCACCCGGCAGACCAAGGGCAGCCUGGCGGAGAGAGCCAGCCCCGCCGCGGCGACCGGCCCCCGCCGCGAACGGCCCGACUUCUGGGCGUCGCUGCUGCUGCGCGCCGGGGACAAGGCGGGGCGCGCGGGCGCCGGCGCGGGGCUGCCCCCCUACCACCGGCGCGUGGGCAUGGUCCAGGAGCUGCUGCGGAUGGUGCGCCAGGGCCGGCGGGAGGAGGCGGGGACGCUGCUGCAGCACCUGCGCCAGGACCUGGGCAUGGAGUCGACCUCCCUGGACGACGUGCUGUAUCGCUACGCCAGCUUCCGCAACCUGGUGGACCCCAUCACCCACGACCUCAUCAUCAGCCUGGCGCGCUACAUCCACUGCCCCAAGCCGGAAGGCGACGCACUGGGCGCCAUGGAGAAGCUGUGCCGGCAGCUGACCUACCACCUCAGCCCGCACUCCCAGUGGAGGCAGCACCGGGGGCUGGUGAAGAGGAAGCCGCAGGCCUGCCUAAAGGCUGUCCUGGCCGGGAACCCUCCAGACAACACAGUGGACCUGUCAGGCAUCCCGCUGACCUCCCGUGACCUGGAACGGGUUACCAGCUACCUGCAGCGCUGCGGGGAGCAGGUGGACAGCGUGGAGUUGGGCUUCACAGGCCUCACGGAUGACAUGGUCCUGCAGCUGCUGCCGGCACUCAGCACCCUGCCCCACCUCACCACACUGGCACUCAACGGCAACCGGCUGACCCGGGCCCUGCUGCGAGAUCUCACAGACACCCUUAAGGACCCCAGCAAGUUCCCCAACGUCACGUGGAUCGACCUGGGCAACAAUGUGGACAUCUUUUCUUUGCCCCAGCCCUUCCUGCUCAGCCUGCGCAAGCGCUCCCCGAAGCAGGGCCACCUACCCACCAUCCUGGAGUUGGGCGAGGGCCCCGGCAGUGGGGAGGAGGCCCGGGAAGGGACAGCGGGCCAGGACCCUGGAGGGGGACCUCUGGCACCAGCCCACCUCGAGGGCAAGGAAACUGUAGCUGCAGGACAGACGUGACACAGGAGCAAGGGGCCUCACCAGGGAGCCCUUGUGGGGUACGAUGACCAGGGCAAAGCAGGGAUGACCAGGGCAGAGCAGGUCCGGGGCUCCUCAUGCUAGGAGGCUCAGGCUAUCAGCAAAUCGGUCUGGGCAACCCACCCACAGAAACACAGACCGCAGCAACAGGGAAAGGGGAAUUUGUCACACUUCCCAUUCCUCUCCAUCUGCCCCCCAUAAAUCCCAUUACCUGCCUUUUUGGCUUGUAACAAGUCAUCCCUGUCUAGAGGCUCCUGACACCCCUCGGCUCGGCCCUUGGCCUCCCUAAAGAAUUAGGGGAAUAGGCAUAUGGUUUGGAGGUGCCAGCAGCUUGAGCCAAUGUGAACCCCAAGAACUUUCCCCCAGAAUAGUUGGGCCCCCACAAGUAACCCAGGAUUUUCCUGCAUAAUGCUUGUUUUAUCUGGGGGAGUAAACUCCAGCCAGAUGCUGAAUGUGUCCCCACUCUGGAGAGGUUGCAAUCUUCACAACUCCCAGCUGAAGAACCUGCGGGUAGAAGCCUAGUUCCAUCUAUGCUGAGGGUGGACUGAAGUGGUCUAUCUCCUCAUGGAGCCUUGGGCUCCUUGGAACUGACUUGUCUAUGAUUCUAGGUACCUGCCCAGAGAGCCAGCUAUCACCACAUCCUUCAACACUUAGGCGCUGUGUGGCAGUGCUUAGGGCACACAAGGUAUGCAUGGAAAGGCCCAGUAAGAAAUCCAUCCCCCCAAAACUGCCAGGCUUUCACAUGGGUUCCAGUGUCUUUAGCAUGAAAGCCGGAGAUGAGCUUUGCUUCCUUCCCCCGUCAUGCUUGCCAUCAACCCGUACUUUGAGAACAUUCCUUACAAUCUACUACAGAAGGCUCUUAAAAACCCAGGACCAUGAAGUUGCGUCUAAAUUCUCGGUAGACCCAAGCAAGAUGGCUGGGAAAGGGGGAAGUCAACACCUGGAGGCUCCCAAGAGAGCCUAAUUUGGCAAGUUUUCACCUAUACCGUCCCCCCCCCCCAGCCCUCAUCCAAACACUUCUGCUGAAAGGCCUCUACCAGUUAGAGUCCUGUCUAGACACAACAGGCAACCCCUAAUUCUAAGUAUAGUUUAGUCCAGGGAGACUGGGAGCUAAUCAUUCUUGACUCAGAAAAACAGCACAACCUGAUGGGCCUCAAGCCUAGUAGGUGAGAUUCCAGCACAGGAAGGCAGCAAAAUGGACCUAGACUGCGGUUCAAAUGCUUCAGGAGCUAGAGGGAAGCCAUGCAAAGGGACAGAGCCCAGAGGCAGCAGGGAUUAGAAUCAGUGUGUAGAUGCCUUAGAUGCUCUGGAAUUUUUGCCCACAGAGUCUAAAGUUGUUAACAGCAAUGAGCUUAGACUGACUACAGGGAAGUUUAUAAGCUUGAGUGCUAAUAUCUGGACUGCUGAUACCUGACAGCAGUAGUCAAAUUUGCUUUUUCUUCAA